GGGCGGAAGAGCGUUUGUUUUGAUGCAGCCGGUCGUUUCAUCGGCGUGCAGCUACAAUUAUCCUGUUAUAUGCUCAGUUAGUUUACCUAAAACACACAAUGUCAUCUUUGGAGAGUCAAAUGGACAACAGCAGCAUGGAAGAAGAGCAGCGAGGGAUGAAAAGAAAGAUUUCUCUCUCCAGCUGUGGUGUUUGUGGAUCAGAGGAGGCCAAGUACAGGUGUCCUGCCUGCCUUACACAUUCGUGCAGCUUGCCAUGUGUGAAGAAGCACAAGGACGUUUCAGGAUGCAGUGGCGUUAGAAAUAAAACUGCAUUUGUGACUCUGUCACAAUUUGAUGAAAUGGCACUUCUCAGCGAUUACAGGUUUCUGGAGGAUACUGGCCGAUUUGCUGAUGGCGCCACCAGAGACAACCUCAUCCAGGCUCCUCGUGUCACUUUGAAAUCCAAGAAACUGGCCUCCAAUGCCAGGAAGAUGAACAUCACCCUGAGGUUUCUCCCCAUCACCUUCACUAAGAGCAGAGAAAACUCCACCUUCUUCUUUACAAAAGAAAAACGGUUUCUGUGGCACCUGAAGCUCAUAUUUCCUCAGAGCAGUUCAGAGUUCACUCAGAGGAGGGUGUCUGACAACCAAACCUUGAAGCAGAUCUUGAGUGCUUACAUUCACCCUACAGAGUCGGACCCUGUGACACGCCAAAAGUUGAAGAUGUAUGUGCAAGCUCCGUUUGAUCAUGUCAAAGUCUUCAUGAAAGUAGAGGGGAGAAAGGCGAACUCUGUGAGGUACCAUGAGUUGGACAUUGAGAAGAGCCUAAGGGAUAACCUGAGCUAUAAAACACUGAUUGAAUAUCCUGUGCUGCUUGUUGUACUCAAAGAGCAUUGGAAGGACUAUCCACUGAAAGGACCAGCUGAACCCGCAUCAGCUUGCACUACUUUUGCAACAAAGAAUGACGAGGCGGACCAAGAGAAGGAAGCUGUGACCCAAGUUUUACCAGCGCUACAAGGAUCUCCCAAAACAGGUGGAAGGAGGAGGAGUACCCAAGAGACCGUUUCUGAAACUGAACCCCCACCACAGAAAAAGGCAAAGAGAGGAGCAGAAGAUGAAGAGCAAGAGGAGGGAGAGAUCAUAGACAGUAGUGAUGGUGAUGAUGAUGGGAUUGCUGACAAAAAUAUCCCAUGUGAUAAGAGCUGUGACGACUCAAAAGACCACGCUAAUGACAUGAAGGUGAUUAAAGAUGAAGUACAAUAGAAGUCAGUGGUGCACAGUGUUGAUGUUAUUAAUGAACACGGUGACAGCAGUAGUGAUCAGUGAAUAAAUGAGGAGGUUACUGAAGAAAGUGCAGAGGUCAGCAUGACUAAGGAAGGUGCUGUUAAAGAGCCAGAGGCUAUUCAUACCCAUGCCCGUCGAGAUGAAAAUGAGUCAGCUAGUGCUGCCGACAGCUGGGGGAUUAGAAUGACAAGAUCCAGACGCCGAGGCUGCGACGCUGCACACGUCACAGGAAGUCAUCAGUCUUCUGUCAGUGUACCAAAGCUUUUAGCCUUUUUCAGGAUUUGUAUGUUUUAAGUAACAAGAAUAACUGUCAGCAAUAACUGUAUUAUUGUAUGUAUGUAGAGUCAUUUCUGUUUUUCUUUUUAUGCUCACUGUAUUCACAAGUGCACCACUAAUAUUACUUAGGAUUUUGAAAUUACCUUAGUUUCACAGCAAAGCAAUAUACAUGUUUGUUAAAUAAAUAUUGUGUUAUAUAACAUAAUGUUCUGUUAAACAUAUUGUUUUGUUAUGAAAUGAGUUUAUUUUGAAGAACAUCCUUUGUAAGAGCAUUGGUGUUUUUUUUUUUGUUUUUUUUAAUUCAGUAUUUAUAUUUAGCCAGGUU